AUGAGAGAGGCCAAGGUGAGUGUAAGGGAAUACGCUUGGAGGUUCACUCAACUAUCCAAGUAUUCUUCUUCUAUUGUGGCGGAUCUUAGGGCCAAUAUGAGUAAGUUUGUAUCGAGUGUAUCCGACGUGGUAGUCAAGGAGUGCCGCACCGCUAUGCUUGUCCAUGACAUGUACAUCUCUCACCUUAUGGUGCACACCCAACAAAUUGAGGAAGAAAAGCUCAAGGGAAGAUAUAGAGAGGUAAAGAGGGCUAGAGUGGAUGAUGGCAACUAUUCACAUGCUAGGUCCGGUGGACGGGGUCGUCCAAGGUUCUGUCAAAAGUUCUCUGGGAAAGGUUAUACAAGUGCUCCUCCGAGGCCAAGGAAUGAGAGGAUUGAUAAUAAAAUAAGGGAUUUCUUUUCGGUUACUAGAAAUGAGGAAGACACUCGUCGUAGGGCUCAACUCUACCAUUCAUCCGAUCCAAGUGGCUCGGGUGGGAAUACUCCUAAACAAAACCGUUUCUACGCUCUCCAAACUAAAGGUAACCAAGAGGGCUCCCCGGAUGUGGUGACGGGUAUGUUAAAAGUAUUUUAUUUUGAUGUUUAUGCUUUGGUUGAUCCGGGUGCUACUUUGUCCUUUGUGAAUCCUUUAGUGGCUACGAGAUUUGAUAUGCUUCCUGAUUUAUUAUUGGAACCUUUUUUCUGUUUCUACCCCCAAUGGUGA